UCAAUGGACAUAACAAAUCAAAAUAUCUUUACGUUGACAUUGCACAAGCAACUUAUUUAUACUCAUCACAACCACCCCUCACAUCUCAACAAAUAAAUUAGAAACAAUCUCAUCCUUCCACUGUUCCACAUUUGUCUUCUAACUAAUUUCCUCUUCAUGAAAACCAUCUAUCCAAUUAUUCCAGAUAAUUGAAAUCUUAAAUUUUCCACAAACUCCUUCUUACAUCUAAGUUCCUAUCUACCUAUUGCUACAAUCCAAUUCCCACACAAAAGGUGAAAAAUGAAGAGCAAAGUGAGUCACAAGAACAAAUUCCUUAGAAUUCUUGCAUUACCAUGGAAGGUUUUAACAAAAGCAAGAGAUUGUUACGUGAACAACAUGAUAAAUUACACGAUGGUGAAUUCGCGAACGUUGCCAAGGAGUUAUAGUACAAGUCACGUUAGCAACUCAUCAUCGAGGUCUAUUAUUAACGAUAGUGAAGAUUUUCGAGAGUUAGUUAGAGCAGCAUCAGCUAGAAGCAUGGGAGGUAGUAUUAAUUUCGAUUUGAACUUAGUGAUGCAACAACAAAUAAAGCAACAAAUGCCAUCAAAGAAAUUAGUGACAAGGAGUUGUAGUGUGGGAAUGGCAAAAAUUGAUGAAGAGAAUCCUAAUUGUGUUUUAGAAGAUGUUAUGGAGAUGAAGAAAGAUAAUUUGAAGUAUCCAAGAAGUAGAAGUUAUGGGAUGGUCAAGAAAAACAAUGGUGUUUUUUGAAGUCAAUGGUACUUGUUUAAGCUGAGUUUGAAGCGGGUGCGAAUUCAAGAUUUAGAUUUGAUGAAUUUGGCCUUUAAGUUUUAAAUUCUAGAUGAUCUGUUGUACUUUGGAAUUAUAAAUUUGAUGAUAUUGCCGUAGUAUUUACAUUUGUAUCACGGUAAUAUUCUUACCAAAGUUUCUUUAUUAUAAAUUCAUCGACAUAGAGGCACCAAAUAAUUCCGCCGA